CGCCGCAAAACAACGCGCAAUGUGCAUUAAGCGUCUGAUUCUGGUUUUGGCAGUGUUAUUUGUGCAUUGUGAAAGUUCCAGAGAAUCGCAAUGCAUCGAUUAUUACAAAACGGGAAAUAACUUCGAUCUGAGUACCCUUCAAGGAAUUUGGUACGCUGUAUACUUCUGGCCACCGAACAGCCGACAGAGAAAAAGUUGUGAAGUGAUUAAUUUUAAAAAGUUAUCUCAGGAUGAAGUAAUUUCACUUCAAAGUGCUUGUUCCAGCUCUAAUGUGUCGGGAAACACGAACGUUGUACAGUCGUCGUACGUAAACAACGUUGGGAAGUUGACUACAGUCACUUAUUACGGAGAUCAUGAAGUCAAAUCUCUCUACCGCUCGUGCGACCGGAUCUACAAGUAUUUGUUCAUACCUGUGAAGGAUAAUUAUGUGAUGGGCAUAAACUGUUCGUCGGGUGGACGGGGCGUGCUUUUGGCGAAGAGCUUGGGGUCAGCCACCGAAAUCCAGAGGACUGUUGAGAGCAUAGAUGUCAUGACUGGAAGAGAAGGGAGCCCGGAUUGUCCCCUGAAAUUUUGAUUCGUGUAACAAUGUCCCAGAGCAAGAAACUUAACCAAAGAUCAACUUUGAC